AUGGGAGACCAAGAAACUAUUGGGGAUUUGACCAACUUCGUCUCUUCCUACCCAUAUGAUUGGGAUCCUGACAUGGCUGAGCCAUUGGUACCGGAAGCACAUAAUGGCCAGGUCGACCAAACGAGCUACACCAUCCAGACGCUGUCAGGGUAUCUGACAGUACGACAGAACUGGAGCAUACUUACGAUAGGCCUAGACGAUGCCCUUUUGAGGAUCCAAUCCUCGGACCGCAUAACGAGUACCUUUCGAUCCCACGGCUUCUGGGCCUGGCUAGCGAUUUUCCUUGUAAGCCUUGACGACAAUAACGUUUUGGCAGUAUUCCAGACUCUGUCUCAGUUUCCGGUCUCUAUGUUAUCAGAUGUGGCUCUCUUUGUUUCACAGACAGAGGUUGAGAGCUCCCUGCAGCAGUACAUCGAGUAUAUUCUAUGGACUGACCCGCACGGUUACCAACGCCGAAACCAACUUGAACACGCCGGACUACACGAUUAUCCAGCCAAUCCAUCGUUGAUUUUAGAGUUAUACCCGCCGAAUCAACUACAUACUGUAUUGCCGAAUGCUCCAGUACCGGCGACGUCGAUCGAGGAACACAGAUCAUCUCUUGAUGUCUUGAGUGCCAUGAUACAAACAAUUGAUUCGAACACUUCCCAUAUUACCUCGUUACAAGAGAACAUGAGCCCAAUCGCUGGCUUUUCUAUGUUCCAAAUUGAUCCUGUCUAUCAGUGGGCUUAUCCAGAUACCGGUAACUUGGGAUCGGUGUUCGAGAAAACGCUUAGUGACUUAAUUGUUCGGACAAAUUCUCGCGCUUGUGUAACGGCAUCUAUCCCACCGGGGACUGAUCGUUGUCAACUCAUCUUUGACGUUGAGGCUUCAGUAGUAGUACGUCUCGCAAUGAAGCUCUAUGGAAUAGAGAUUCGUGAGCGUGCACAACGAAGGGCCAUGGUCCACCCAAAUGGAUCAAGCGCGAGGAUCGAUAAUUCCGUGACGCUUGAGGAAACCGACAUUGAGUCUUGGCAAGAUUUACUAGGGGAAUUUCUUCUAAACGGAGUGCGACAAAGCACGGACUAUAUCAAUGAGACUCGCUGGGGUGUUUGGGGGUCUAGCUGUUUGCGGAUGAAGGUUUCUGCGUCAGCCCAAGAUUCAGCUCGAAUCAGCUUGACGAUGGAUCGCCGCACUCUAGUUGAAGUCCGUACGAAGCUGUGGCCCGCGUUAGAUCUGUGUAUCUAG